AUGACUAGCGUUCGGUUGUCUAACAGAGACUUCCGUGAAAUAUUCACGAAUCAGCAGCGGUUCGACAACCCUAAUGGCGGAGUGUACCAGGUUUAUAACACCAGGAAAUCCGAGUCUACAAACAGUAAUCGGAAGAACCUUAUCAUGAUCUCUGACGGGGUUUAUCACAUGAAAGCAUUGCUGAGAAAUCAGGCUGCUUCUAAGUUUCAGUCUUUGGAGCUACAACGAGGAGAUGUGAUCCGUGUUACAGUUGCUGAGCCGGCGAUUGUGAGGGAGAGGAAGAAAUAUGUGUUGUUGGUUGACGACUUCGAGUUGGUACAAUCUGGACUUGAGCUUUUCAACGGGGCGAGUGAAUUCUUGGAUGCGUAUUUCGCUGAACAUCCUGAUGAAAGUUUAAAGGAUACCGUCACUCCCGGGGCACCAGCACCGGCGCAAGCUCCACAGCCACCUCAAGUACAGAAGGCUCCACAAUCUGAUCAAAACCAGCAGUUUGACAGACAGAAUCAGCCCAACACUCUUGGUUCUUCGUCUCAGAAAUCUAAACCUAUCUUUGCUAUUGAGCAGUUAUCUCCAUACCAGAAUAUGUGGACUAUCAAAGCCAGAGUUUCCUACAAAGGUGACAUCAAGACCUGGCAUAACCAAAAGGGAGAGGGCAAACUGUUCAAUGUCAACUUCCUGGAUACUUCAGGUGAAAUAAGAGCUACGGCGUUCAACGAAAUGGCAACUAAGUUCAACGAAAUCUUGCAAGAGGGCAGGGUCUACUAUGUGUCGAAGGCGAGAUUACAGCCUGCCAAGCCUCAAUUCACGAAUUUGACUCACCCCUACGAGUUGAGCAUGGAUCGUGACACCGUGGUGGAGGAAUGUUACGACGAAAACAAUGUUCCAAAGACUCAUUUCAACUUCACCAAAUUAAGUGCCAUACAGAACCAGGAAGCAAACUCCACCGUCGAUGUUGUAGGCAUAAUCCAGACCGUCAGCCCACAAUUCGAACUAACAUCGAAAGCAGGCAAGAAGUUCGAUCGUCGUGAUAUCGAAAUUGUCGACGACUCCGGUUACGCGAUCACCGUCGGUCUUUGGAAUCAACAAGCUGUCGACUUCAAUCUCCCUGAGGGCUCAGUUAUUGCUUUCAAAGGUAUCAGAGUUACGGAUUUUGGGGGCAAGUCUCUAUCGAUGGGGUUUACUAGUACCAUGAUCCCGAACCCAGAGGUCCCUGAGGCUUAUACUUUGAAGGGGUGGUACGAUACCAAGGGCCACACUGAGAAUUUCUCAUCCUUGAAGCAGGAACCCGGUGCAGUAUCGUCCGGAGCGCACUUGGCUAAAUUCAUCUCGCAACGUAUUACCAUAGCUGCAGCCCAGAACGAAAACCUGGGCAGGAGCGAGAAGGGUGACUUCUUCAAUGUUAAGGCAGCUGUCAGCUUCCUGAAAGUCGAUAACUUUGCUUAUCCAGCCUGUAUCAACGACAAUUGUAACAAGAAAGUGAUCGAACAGCCUGAUGGUACCUGGAGAUGCGAGAGAUGCGACACCAACAAUCAAGCUCCCGAUUGGAGAUACAUGCUCACGCUUUCCAUCCUCGACGAGACCGGUCGAAUGUGGAUAACUAUGUUCAACGACCAGGGUAAGCAGCUCCUGGGAAUUGAUGCUAAUGAGUUGGUAGCUUUGAAAAACGUCGAUGCAAAAGCGUUCACCGAUACGACUCAGAGCAUACAGAUGAAUCAGUACGAUUUCAGGAUCAGGGCAAGAGAGGACAAUUACAAUAAUCAGAGUAGAAUAAGAUACACUGUCGCCAAUCUCCAUUCGCUAAACUUCAAAGCGGAGGCCGAUUACCUGGCCGAAGAGCUAAGAGAUGCAUUUCUAAGCUAA